AUGUCGUGUACCGAAUUGUCGGAUUUAGAUGUAUUUUCAAAGAGUGAUCCACAAGUAAUACUGUUGUCCAAAAAUAAAAAAACGAGAAAGUGGGAAGAAACUCCUCACAAAACUGAGGUGGUGAUGAAUAAUUUGAACCCCAAGUUUGUCAAAGGUUUUGUGUUGAACUAUGUAUUCGAGGAAUUACAGGAACUCAGAUUCAUUGUAGUGGAUGUAGAUAAGCAUAAUAAUCCGGACUGGAAGGUUCAAGAGUUCGUUGGACAAUGUGAUUGUGACCUCGGUUCAAUAGUGGGUAGCCCAGGAGGAAAAGUUAAAAAAAGAUUGUACGAUAGAAAGAAUACGGAAAAGAAGCGUGGCUAUCUAAUCAUCGCCGCUGAGGAGCUGAGCGAUUCUAGAAGGGAGAUAACGCUUCGAUUUGAUGCCCAUGAUGUGGGAAUAAAGGGGUUCCUAAAAAACAAACCGAAUUUAUUUUUUACGCUAAGUCGGGUAAACGAAGAUAACACACAUUCACCUGUGUACGAAUCCACCGAGGUUUCUUCGAUUAAUCCGUCGUGGCCGGAAUUCAAGAUUAAAGAAUCCACACUAUGUAACGGUGAUGUUAAUCGAGCGUUAUUAUUUGAAGUGAAAAAUCGAAAGAAGAAUGGCGAAGACCACCCGGUACAUGGCCAAUGCUCUGUAACUCUCAGAGAACUGCUCUCCGGUGAUAAAAUAUUUCCCAUCAAGCCUGCACCCAAUUCCUCUGUGAAAAUCGGAAAGGAUGCUUCCUUACGUGUUAUGAAGGCUGAAGUAGAGGAACGACCCACGUUUCUCGAUUACAUUGCUGGCGGCACCGUAAUAAAUUUGGUAGUUGCCAUAGAUUUUACGUCGUCGAAUGGUAAUCCAAGGAGUCCAAGGAGUUUGCAUUAUAUUCGGGGUUCUGAACCGAACGAUUACCAGAGGGCCAUUAGUAGUGUUGGAAAAAUAUUAGAAGCAUACGAUCGUGACAGACUUUUUUCGGUUUACGGGUUUGGUGGAAAGUUCCACGGGGAACUAUCGCAUGCUUAUCCAUUGAAUGAUGAUUACCUGAAGCCCGAAGUUGAAGGUGUGAAUGGUAUACUGAACGUAUAUCUCAGAACGAUGAAAAAUGUGGAAUUGUUUGGACCCACAAACUUCUCACCGGUAAUAAGCCUAACUGCUGAGAAAAUUAAGACUGAACUGGAAUCUGGAAAUAAUGAUGCUUAUUACAUCCUGUUGAUAAUCACAGAUGGUGCGAUAACAGAUAUGGAUUCGACGGUAAGAACAAUAAUAAAAGCAAGUUCGCUACCAUUGUCGAUAGUCAUUGUUGGUGUGGGAGAUGCCGAUUUUACCAAUAUGAAUAUUUUAGAUGCUGACAAUGUGCCGUUGAUCGUAAGUAACAAAGAACAGCAAAAAUCGCCAAAUUCGGGCACCAUCAAAAUGCAACGAGACAUUGUGCAAUUUGUAGCCAUGCGAGAUUUUGAGUCGAGGUCUUCGCAUUACCUAUUACCCGGAGCCGUACUUGAAGAGAUACCUGAUCAAUUUAUGAAUUACAUGGAAUCUUGCGGGAAAGCUCCCCGAAAGGCUAUCAGAAGGUUGAGUAGCGAAUUAGAGAGUAUUGAGGAUGAUGAACCGCCAAGUUAUACCGCUUAG